UAGUUUUUGACUGCCGCCCGGAAGAGCGUCAAGAUGAGCAGCCACCAUGGAAAGUCGGUCGACCUGCAGAUGUUCGAGACGCAUGCCAAGGCCGUUGUGCGCGAUUACUACGUCGAGCCCCGCAUCGACUACCGCACCAUCUCGGGCGUGAACGGCCCGCUCGUGAUUCUCGAGAACGUCAAGCUGCCCAAGUUUGCCGAAAUCGUCAACCUGACCUUGUCGACGGGCGAAGUGCGCCAAGGCAAGGUGCUCGAGGUGCAGGGCAGCAAGGCUGUCGUGCAGGUCUUUGAGGGCACGGAUGGCAUUGACAACCGUCACACGCACUGCGAGUUUACCGGCGAUGUGCUCAAGAUGGCCAUCUCGGAGGAGAUGCUCGGCCGCGCCUUUAACGGCUCGGGCAAGGCCAUUGACGGCGCGCCGCCGGUCGUCGCCGAGGACUACCUCGACAUUGAGGGCCAGCCCAUCAACCCGUCGUGCCGUGACUACCCCAAGGAGAUGAUCCAGACGGGUAUCUCGGCCAUCGAUGUCAUGAACUCGAUCGCGCGUGGCCAAAAGAUCCCGCUCUUCUCGGCCGCUGGUUUGCCGCACAACGAAAUUGCCGCCCAAAUUUGUCGUCAGGCCGGUUUGGUCCAGCGCAAGGACGUCAUGGACUCGCACCAGGACAACUUUGCCAUCGUGUUCGGUGCCAUGGGUGUCAACAUGGAAGCCGCUCGCUUCUUCCGCAACGAUUUCGAGGAGAGCGGCUGCAUGCAGAACACGGCGCUCUUCAUGAACUUGGCCAACGACCCGACGAUCGAGCGUAUCAUUACGCCCCGCCUCGCCUUGACGACCGCCGAGUACCUCGCGUACGAGCGCGAUCUGCACGUGCUCGUCAUCCUCACCGACAUGUCGUCGUACGCCGACGCGCUGCGUGAGGUGUCGGCUGCGCGCGAAGAAGUGCCCGGUCGCCGUGGGUACCCCGGGUACAUGUACACGGAUCUCUCGACGAUCUAUGAGCGCGCCGGUCGUGUCAUGGGCCGCAACGGUUCGAUCACGCAGCUCCCGAUUCUCACGAUGCCCAACGACGACAUUACGCACCCGAUCCCGGAUCUCACGGGGUACAUCACGGAGGGCCAGAUCUACGUCGAUCGCCAGCUGCACAACCGUCAGAUCUUCCCGCCGAUCAACGUGCUGCCGUCGCUUUCGCGUCUCAUGAAGUCUGCCAUUGGCGAAGGCAUGACGCGCGACGACCACUCGGCCGUCUCCAACCAGCUCUAUGCCAGUUAUGCGACGGGCAAGGACGUGCAGGCCAUGAAGGCCGUCGUCGGCGAGGAAGCGCUCUCGAUGGAAGACCACUUGUACCUCAAGUUUACCGACAAGUUUGAGGGCAAGUUUAUCGCCCAGGGCCCGUACCAGUCGCGCGAUAUCUUCGAGUCGCUCGACCUCGCGUGGUCCCUCUUCCGUGCGUUCCCGAAGGAACUCCUCAAGAAGAUCCCCAAGAAGCAGCUCGACCUGUACUACGCCCGCCGGACGCAGGUCCGCGAAGGCUUGGGCCACGAAGAGAUGAACGCCCAGGAGUAAACACGUUCGCUCCACGAUGAUGAUGCACACAACUGUCGUCCAACGAUCUGAUAUACACUUGCAAC